AUGGAAAAGGGUCAGGGACCUCCUUACGGAGCACCAGCACCGCCAUACCCUGGUCUCUCUACAGACAACAACGCGGGAUUUUACCAACCUCAACCCACCAUCCAAACCAUGCCACAACCUGCUUACCAGUACAGCGCACAACAACCUCAGGUGGUACAUCCCGUGAACCAGGUGGUGGUGAUGCAGCAGCUGCCGGCUGAUGUUCCUGGACAGAUGCUGUGUCCUUACUGCCAAUACACUGUUGUCACUGAAAUCAGUUACAAAACUGGCUAUUACACCUGGCAUGUCUGUGCCAUGCUAACAGUAUUCUUGUGCUGGCCUUGCUGUUGCAUCCCCUUCUGCGUGAAGUCUUGCAAGGAUGUGGAGCAUUCCUGCCCCUACUGUCACAAGGUCCUGCACAUCCAUAAAAAAAUGUAA